CGCUUUACGGUUUGCCUAGGUACUACGCUCGUCGCACUCCAGAGAGAUAAGCCAAGUUCCAACGGGAAAGGCGACGCCGAAAGAAGGCGCUUCGCAAGGGCAGGCUUGAAGUCGAAAGGAAGGAGGCCUCCAGGAUCUCAGGGCGUUUUGUGGAAGGCUCAAGAGUGUUUGUGGACAGUGCAUCCUGGAUGAUACAUUGAUGCUCAGGGAUCGAGCCGGAAAGACUAACAAUGAGGAAGACAAUUGAUGUUCUCAUGAUCAACGACAAGAUGUUGCCCCUUGCGGCGACCUUUUGAUGCCACACUCCCUUGAUAUCUUCGACAAUGCUCAAGGGCUCUUGAGGACAUCUACGUAUGGAUAAGUAGGUACUCAGAAGCAGAAAACAGCUGAUGGGACCUGGGGACCCGUCUUUUCAACAUCUUGUUGAUAAAGCAUCUGGCGCAAAUCUACUCUAACAAACCCUUUGCUGGAAACAAGUGUCUGUAGGAUGAGAGGUAGGAAUACAACCAUGUCCGAAGUCUUUCCCAUCGUCAAAUCAGGGAUGGUUGGGAAGCGAAAACCAGGCAAUGUCAAGGAAUUCAGGCGUGAGCAGUUACACCGGCCCAAGUUUUCAAGCAGCCAGAGUCAGUCUGCCAGCUUGAGGGAGGAAGCCGUUGGUCAGGAGAAUUGCUCGCAUCCAACCCCGAGCUGCGACGAAGAUGAUGGACUUAGUGCUGUGGAUGGGUCUGCUCCAUCACAAAGCCAGCCGUUUCAACUGGAGGGCCUUAGGCGUCUCCAAUCUAGUAGACUCGACGAGCCCCCUUCGAAGAAACCACCCAGACCGCAGUCGUCCUUCCGCACAAUCGGAGAUGCAAUCAACGAGACACGGCAGGUGCCAGCGUCUGAAAGGAAACCCCUGAACGUCUUGAAUGGCAUCAAUCAGAUGCUGUCAAAGUCACCGCUGAAGGUGAAACCCAAAGAAGCAUUCAAGCUUGCCCCCAUAGCUCACUCAGUGCUCGAAGAACAUCGGCGAAGGGAUGGCGAAGAGGUUCAGUGCAGUGACGGCCUCCCGCCAAUGGACUGGAGUCUCAAGACCAGCGCCCGCUUCAGCUCCACAACAAGCUUCAACUGGUGCCUUGACGCCGACGCCCAGGAUGAGUGCUCAUCGCUGCGCUCUUCAGCUGCCAACGAGCGCUCCUGCCCUGACAGCCAGGCAUCAACCUCUGGCCGAGGCUCAGCAGACGGGGCUGCCUUCCGAGCGGCUCUGCACAGCUGGUCGUAUCCUGAGAGCAGCCUGCCUCCGAUCAUCCUGCAAGCCGUUCAGAACUGGCUGCAAAAGCCAGCUGGCCAAGAUGCACGUUUCUGGACGCAGCGAGAGGCCAGCUGGCAAGAGUCGUUACGUUCUUUGUACCUCAUGCUCCGAACCAGGAUGUGCCCGGUCUUCUACUGCCGAUAUCCCCAAUACGUCGCUAUGUUUAUGGGCCCCGGGAUUGGAGGUCACGGAGAGCGGGAGUGUUGCGCAUACAUCACGAGAUCAACGCGGGGCAUGAGGGACCUGUUCAAAGAGCAGGGAAUCCAAUUUGUCAUGCCCCUGUAUAAAGCCAAGAAGGAGGCCUUUAACGAAGACACGGAUAGACAAUUUGCCGAGCUGGCGGAAGAGGAGCCAUGGAAGGUCCAACAUGAGGAUCCCGCGUCGGCAGUCGAUUCCACGCCGCAGUCUCUACUGUUCUUCGAAGGAGCGGACGCUGUCCACGGGCUGUACGAUACGUUGCUGAACCACAGAGAAUUUUUCCCCUCAAACACGCUCACGGAUGCUCCCCCGCUUAUCUCCCCAGUACCAUUUGCGAACGCAGCCCUCAAGACCCCACGGGCCAUGACUAGAAAGAUGAAGCAGGCAAACGGCAGCGUGGGUUACAGCCUGGAACUGACGGACGCCCUCGUGGCCCCCUGGAUCAUUUCACGGGUCUGUGAGGCGUUGAAGCAGUCCAGCUUGAAAGCACUGGAUGCGAGCUUCGUUACCGAUCCGUUGUCACACUGUUUGAACGUACUCCCGUCCAAUUCAAGUAGGAGCUCGCAGCUAGCUUCGUCAAGAUUGGUCAGCACUGAUCAAGGCGCGAAAGUCAGAGGUUGCUUGGACGAGCAGGAAGAGGUGCGAUGGCAGCGAGCGUAUAAGUUGGGCGUUGGGGUAGUAAGGCAGCUGAGGCAACGAUUAGGCGCUGAAACGGGUAACCAUUAA